AUGCCUGAACCAAAUUCUACUGAAACACAAGUAGCUGAACUUAUUCGACAUGUUUUAUAUGGGAAUUUACAUAAUUUACCAAAUCUUGCUUCAAAAAUUGUACGUAUUUUUACAUCAUCAACAUUUACAGAUACAACUGUAGAACGUAAUUCCCUCAUGCAACAUACAUAUCCAAAACUUAAAGAAUAUUGUCGGGAAAAACAUGGUCUAGAAUUUCAAGUUGUUGAUAUGCGUUGGGGUGUACGAGAUGAAGCAACAGAUGAUCAUAAAACAACAGAAUUAUGUAUGCAAGAAAUAGAUAAUUGUCAACGAGUUUCUGUUGGACCAAAUUUUGUGGUAUUUCUUGCACAAAAAUAUGGUUAUCGUCCAUUACCAACAAAAAUAGAAGAAGCUGAAUUUCAUAAAGUUUUAUCUGUAUCAAGUCCAGAUGAUGCUCGAUUACUUAGUCUAUGGUAUAAACUUGAUUCAAAUAAUAUUCCAAGUUUAUUUUGUUUACAACCAGUUAGUUCAAUAUUCACUAAUUUUACUAAUAAAGCUCACCCUCGUCUUAUGGAAGAAGAUCAAAGUCAAUGGUGGGAAACAAUGGGUAAACUGAAUCGAGCAGUUCGUGCAGCUGCUUUAGAACUUUUAAAUCAAGGUAUAUUUACACCACAAGAUAAUCAUCGAUAUAAUUGGUCAGUUACUGAACAAGAAGUUGUUCGAGGAAUAUUAAAUGCUAAAGAUAAAGUUGAUCAUACAUUAGCUUUUUUUCGUCAUAUUGAAAAUAUUAAUAUCGGUUUAUUACGUCAUUCAAUGAAAUUUAUUGAUAUUGUAUCAAAACAAGUUGAUGAAGAAGCACAACGUAUGUUAUCCGAUUUACGUGAUGUUCGUGUACAAGCAGCAUUACCUGAAACAAGUAUUAUUCGAUAUACAAUUCCAUGGACUGAUGACGAAGGUAUAAAUAAAACUUUUCAUGCUGAAUACUUACAAAAUUUUAUUGAAACAUUUUAUACUCGACUUGUUGAGUUAAUCGAUCGUGGUGUUGGACAACAAAAAAGUUUAGCAUCAAAUCGUGCCUAUUCCGAAAUUCUUCAACAACUUCAUGUUGUAAAUAAUUUCAGUCAAGAUUUUCAAGGACGUACUGAUGUUCUAGAACGUGUACGUCAUUAUAUUCAAGGUUCUUCAAAACAACCAUUAGUUUUAUGGGGUGAAGGUGGUUGUGGUAAAUCAAGCAUGUUAGCAAAAAUAGUAUCAGAAUCAAAUUCAUGGUUUUCAUCAAGACAGUGCAUACCAAUAAGACUUGUUCGUUUUCUUGGUACGACACCAGAUAGUUCAUCGAUUGGUCCAUUAAUACGUAGUGUUUGUCAACAAAUAAAUUAUGUAUACGAUGUAUCGGAUACGACAAUACCAACUGAACUAUCUCAAUUAAUAAAUCAUUUCAAACGUUUAUUAGAAAAAGCGACAGUAGAUAAACCAUUGAAUAUUUUCUUUGAUUCAUUAGAUCAAUUAUCAUCAGCUGAUGGUGCACAUUCAAUGUCUUGGCUACCACCAAUACUUCCGAAUCAUGUUAAAUUCAUUGUUUCAACACUACCUGGAAUAUAUAAUAUAUUAAAUACACUGCGAAAUCUAAUUGAUAGUCAAGAAAAUUUCAUUCAAAUAAAACCGUUAGGUGUCGAAUUAGGUAAAACAGUAUUGAAAGCUUGGUUAGCUCGUCAACAUCGAACAAUAUCUGAACCACAAUGGGCAUUAGUUCAUGAACGUCUUGAUGAAUGUAGUAUUCCUUUAUAUGUUAAAUUAGUAUUUGAUGAAAUCAAAUUAUGGAAAUCAUAUACAAAAAUACAAGAAAAAGAUUUAGCUAAAACAAUAUCAACAUCAAUAAAUAAAUUAUUAGGACGUAUUGAAAAUCAACAUGGACACAUAUUAGUUGAACAUGCAUUAUCUUAUAUAACAGCAUCGAGAGCAGGUAUAAGUGAAGCUGAAUUAGAAGAUUUAAUAUCACUUGAUGAAACUGUUUUAAAUGAUAUUUAUCAAUAUCAUUUACCACCAAUACGACGUAUACCACCAUUAUUAUGGACACGUAUAAGAAAUGAUAUACCGAAUUAUUUAGUCGAACGAGAAGCAGAUGGUGUUAGUGUUGUUAGUUGGUAUCAUCGACAAUUUGCUGAAGUUUCUCAUGAACGAUAUUUGGCAAAUCCGGAUGAACGUCGAGUAUAUCAUUCCAGUAUGGCAGAUUAUUAUCUGGGUAUAUGGGCUGGUCAUCCAAAACCUUUUCAAUAUACCGAUAACCAAAGACGUAUGUUUAACAUAGCAGCAGCUGAAAGUGAAGCUGAUCGUAAAGUUCCAGCUCAACCAAUUAUAUUUAUAACCAGUGACGCUACAGCAACAACUUCUACAACAUCAACUGUUCGUUAUAAUUUACGUAAAUUAAGUGAAUUACCAUAUCAAUUAAUACGUGCACAACGUGAAGAUGAUUUAUAUCAGCAUGUAUUAUUUAACUAUGACUUUAUGCAUGCAAAAUUAUCAUGUAUGCCAUUAAAUUUAUGUAUAUUUGAUUAUGAAAGUGCAUUAGAAUCUGUCAAUGAUAAAGAAGUUAGAUUAAUAAGUGAUGCACUUCGUUUAUCAAGUUCAGUUUUAGCUGCUGAUCCAAAUAAUUUAGCAUGUCAAAUAAUUGGUCGUUUACUUCCAUUUUAUAAAACAUGUCAUAAAAUUGCUUCACUUGUUGAUCAAUGUGAAAGUACUGGUUUACAAGUAAUGGGUCUUGUACCAGCUUUUAAUACAUUAGCAUCACCUGGUGGUCCACUUGUUUAUUCAUUAGAAGCUCAUGCAUUUGCUGUUUAUGGUCUUGAAGUUAUUUCAUCUGGACAAUCUCUUCUUACUGUAUCAAAUAGAUUUAUUGUUUUUGAUUUAUCAAGUGGUGAUAUUGUACGUAUUAUUGAUCCAAAAAUAGAAGGUAUUAUGACAUAUUUAGCUCUUGCACCUGAUCAACGUUAUUGUGUAACAACAACAAUAAGUAAUCAAUAUAUUAUAUGUAAUUUAUUAACUGGAGAUUUUAUUUUACGUGAUUGUAAACUACCAGAUGGAAAUACAACUAAAACAACUAGUAAACUAAAUAGUGGACAACCAACUGAUCCAUUUCUAGGUGCACAUGCAAGUAAUACUAAUUUUGUAUUGUGGACAGCAAAAAUGUAUCAAGUAUAUACAAAUAAAGGUGAAUUACUUACAUCACAAGCAACACGUUUUCAAAUCGUACAAAUUGAAGUAUUAGAAGGACCACAAGUAGAAAUUGUUUGCCGUAGUGAAGAUGUCAAAGAAGAUCAAGAUGUAGCUCGUGACCGUUUAGUAAUAGAUUACUCUUUUAUUCCAAAUAAUAAUUCUGAAAAUGAUAAAAACAAUAAUGUUAAUUCUUCACGAUGUUUAAUUGGUGGUAGAAAAAAUAUUCAUAGUGCACUUGUAAUAACACGUGAUAAACAACGUAUGUAUACAUGUUGUGAAAUAAAUGAUUAUAAUAUUGAACUGUAUCUUAAUCAACCACAUCUUGUUCAUUAUGCUACUCAACGUAUAUGGGCAUUCGAUCAUCAAUUAUAUGAAAAUAAAGAUCGCAUAUUUGCAUUAAUUUUAAGUGAAGAUGAAACUUAUCUUAUGGCAGUUACAUUUAAAGCUUUUAAAAUCUUUUCAUUUCGAUCAUAUUUAUGGAAAACAUGUUUAUUACCUGGUAGUGUACGUAAUAUAGUAAGUGGUGCUAAACGUUUAACAUAUACAGCAGCAUUUUCUCAAGAUAAUCGUUACUGUAUAGCAUGUAUAAAAUCAAGUGUUUAUGUAUUUGAAAUUCAAUGGGGUGAUUUAGUAGCUUCGUUCGACUCACAUUUUGGUCGUAUACUUGUAGUAAAAUGUUUAUCAACUGUUAGUGGUGGAAAUAAUUAUGUUAUAACAACUGGCAUAGAUAAAACAACAAAAGUAUGGAAUUUACAAAAUGCAAAAGAAAAAUCUAUAUCAGUAGCACAAUUAGAUAAAUGUAUUGAAAUGAUGCAUAUAUCAUCGGAUGCUAAAUUAAUUAUGGCACAAUCUCGUACACAAUUAUGUUUAUUUGAUAUGAAAACUGGAGUUAUGACAGGACAAUUAUCUAUUAAUCCACAUGGAUCAAUUUAUCAAUACACAGCUUUCUGUGCGAAUGGUUUAUUUGCUGUGUCAGCUGAAUCGAAUAAUCUUGUCAUAUAUGAUAUUGAGGAAAGAAAAACUUCAUUUAUAACACCAUUAAAAAGUGUCUUUCAACUUCUUCUUCAUUCAGCUGAAACAAUGGUAUUAGUUUUAACUACUGAGCCAGCUCCAGUAACAACUACUUCAAAUGCAGAAGUGAAUACACCAGUAAAUCGUAGUCCAAAUGGUAUGACUGUUCGAGCUAUGUCAUAUGGAAUACCUGAAGGUGAUCUUAUUUAUGAAAUCGUUUCAAAUAUGAAACGUUUGAAUCAACCAAAAAAAGUUGUCUAUACAGCUGAUGAUACAUAUUUUGUUUUUAUUGAAGAAAAAAAAAAUACGGAAGUACUUGCAUUAUAUGAUCCAAUGACCGGUGAAUAUAUACAUAAUGUAAAAUUAAGUUAUCCCGGUUAUAGAGAUAUUACUCUUAUGGUUACAAUACCAAAACAACCUUACCUUAUUGGUUUAAUUGAUUCUGAAAAAGGAAUUGUUAUGAAUGUUAGAGAUAAAAAGGUAAAUAUUUAA